GGGCUUCAGGCUCAAUCUGUGGCCAGCAGCAGCAGAGGUGGUGGGGAGGAGAGGAACAUUUGAUCCACUUCUUUAUUUCCUCCUGCGGUUGCUUCUUCACCGGGGCAGGCAGAACAAAGGGCGGACAACUGCAUGAUUAGAGGCGCCGGCUCUCCUUCAUCUCGACUGCAAGCCAGGUUAGCUUGAUGCUCAGUUCAGCCUGCUAGCCUUUGUGGCAGGGCUGUCCAUGCAUCCAAGGAGCCCCUAAGCAACCCCGGGCUGGGAGAAGCCUCGGCUCUGUUUCUCUAUUUUUUUUUAUUUUUUUUUUUCCUUUUGCUUUGACAGACUUCAAAAACUGCCCUCCGAUCCGAGUGGGCAGACAGCAGCAUCCUUGUCAGCUUCAUUGCGCACCCAGAAAGCGGAUUUCCAGUGAGGAGCAUCACCGCCUGGGCACGGUUACACGUCGUCGCCGGUCUGCAACCUCCAGCUUGACAGGACCAAGAGGCAAUUGAUGACUAAUAAUCUCUCAAGAUAGGCUACAAUGUUGCGCACCACGGCCAACAUGCUGGCAACAGGAUUGCUUUUCUUGGGAUUGUUGCACAGUUUGGAAGUAAUCGCUCCGGGAAGAGCUAUUGAUGCCCCGAAGACCUGCAGCCCAAAGCAGUUUGUAUGUAAAGACGGGGUGACGUGCAUCUCUAAGGGCUGGCGCUGCGAUCGGGAGAAAGACUGUCCAGACGGCUCUGACGAGGAGCCUGAUGUUUGUCCAUACAGCAGCAUAUCACGGUGCCCUCCCAAUGAGUACCAGUGUGGAGGAACAGAACUCUGCAUCCACAUGAGCAAACUGUGCAACGGAGCUCCAGACUGUACUGACGGCUGGGAUGAGGGACCACACUGCAGAGAGUUUAUGUCCAACUGCUCGCUCACGGGAUGUCAGGAAAACUGUGCGGUGACUCCAGCAGGGACUGCUUGUUACUGUAAGAGUGGUUUUGAGAUCAGCCCAGAUGGAAAGACAUGCAAAGAUUUUGAUGAGUGCAGUGUGUACGGGACCUGCAGUCAGUCCUGUACCAACACUGAAGGCGGCUACACCUGCUCCUGUGUGGAGGGCUACUUGUCCCAGCCAGACAACCGCUCGUGCAAGGCCAAGAAUGUGCCAGUAGACCGUCUGCCUGUCCUGUUGAUCGCCAACUCCCAGAACAUCCAAGCCACCUCCCUGAGCGGCAACACAGUCCACAGCCUGCUGUCCACCAGCACCAAACAGACCACAGCCAUGGACUUCCUCUACGCAGAGGAGACCGUUUGCUGGAUCCACGUGGGAGACUCCCCCUCAUCCACACACCUCAAAUGUGCCAAGAUCCCCAAUCUGAAGAGCUUCACGGAGGAGAGAGUCAUCAAUAUCUCCCUCAGUCUGCACCAUGUGGAGCAGAUGGCCAUCGACUGGCUCACAGGAAACUUCUACUUUGUGGAUGACGUGGACGACAGGAUCUUCGUGUGUGACAAAGACGGGCAGACAUGUGUCACCCUCCUGGACCAGGAGCUGUACAAUCCUAAAGGCAUCGCCCUGGACCCCACCAUGGGUAAGGUAUUCUUCACAGACUACGGUCAGAUCCCUAAGGUGGAGCGCUGCGACAUGGAUGGCCAGAACCGAACCAAGCUUGUGGACAGUAAGAUUGUAUUCCCCCACGGCAUCACACUGGACCUCGUCAGCAGGCUGGUGUACUGGGCCGAUGCGUAUCUGGACUACAUUGAGGUGGUGGACUAUGAAGGCAAGAACCGGCACACCAUCAUCCAAGGCCUGCUGAUCGAGCACCUCUACGGGCUGACUGUGUUUGAAAACUAUCUGUAUGCCACCAACUCAGACAACGCUAACAUGCAGCCUAAAACCAGUGUGAUCAGGGUCAACCGCUUUAACAGCACCGACUACCAAGUCGUGACCAGGGUGGACAAGGGAGGAGCACUUCAUGUCUACCACCAGAGACGUCAGCCUCCAGUUCGUAGCCAUGCAUGCGAGGUGGACCAGAAUGGGAAGGCUGGUGGUUGCUCGGACAUCUGUCUGCUGGGUAACGGCCACAAGACCCGAACCUGCCGCUGUCGCUCUGGGUUCAGCCUGGGCAGUGACGGAAAGUCCUGCAAAAAACCUGAGCAUGAGCUCUUCCUGGUCUAUGGUAAAGGUCGCCCAGGGGUCAUCAGGGGCAUGGACAUGAACGCCAAGGUGCCAGAUGAGUACAUGAUCCCCAUAGAGAAUCUGAUGAAUCCCAGAGCUUUGGACUUUCAUUCUGAGAGCGAGUUCAUUUACUUUGCCGACGCGACCAGCUACAUCAUCGGGCGGCAGAAGAUUGAUGGAACGGAGAGGGAUACCAUUGUAAAGGAAGGAAUCCACACAGUGGAGGGCAUAGCUGUGGACUGGAUGGCUGAUAACUUGUACUGGACAGAUGACGGACCUAAGAAAACCAUCAGUGUGGCUCGGCUGGAAAAGGCUUCACAGACCCGCAAAACCCUAAUUGAGGGAAAAAUGACUCACCCUCGUGCCAUUGUAGUGGAUCCUCUACACGGGUGGAUGUACUGGACAGACUGGGAGGAGGAUCCUAAGGAGAGCAAGCGAGGCAAAAUUGAGCGGGCUUGGAUGGACGGCUCCAACAGAAAUGUGUUUCUGACCAGCAAAACAGUGCUGUGGCCCAACGGUCUGAGUCUGGACAUCCCACAGGGCAUCCUCUACUGGGUGGACGCCUACUAUGACCGCAUUGAGAUGGUCUACCUUAACAGCUCAGAGCGCAAGCCGGUGUACGAAGGUCAGGAACUGAGCCACGCCUUUGGUCUGUGUCACUAUAAACACUUCUUGUUCUGGAACGAGUAUCGUAGUGGCAGCAUUUACAAGUUGGACACCACCACUGGCGCUGCUACUCUGCUGCGCAACGAGAGACCGCCCAUCUUUGAAAUCCGCAUGUACGACGCUCAGCAGCAGCAAGGCUCUAAUGCGUGUCGUGUGUACAAUGGUGGCUGCAGCAGUCUGUGUCUGGCCAUACCAGAAGGCAGGCAGUGUGCCUGUGCAGACGACCAAAUGCUAGAUCCAGCUGACAACACCAGCUGCAAAGCCAACCCAUCUUACGUACCCCCUCCUCAGUGCCAGCCCGGAGAGUUUGCUUGCAAGAACAACCGCUGCAUCCAGGAGCGCUGGAAGUGUGAUGGAGACAACGACUGUCUGGACAACAGCGACGAGGCUCCUGAGUUGUGCCACCAGCACACUUGCCCCACAGACAGAUUUAAGUGCAAGAACAACCGAUGCAUUCCUCUACGCUGGCUGUGUGAUGGCGACAAUGACUGUGGGAACGACGAGGACGAAUCCAACACCACCUGCUCAGCUCGUACCUGCCCACCUAAUCAGUACUCGUGUGCUAGUGGCCGUUGCAUCCCUAUUUCCUGGACCUGUGACCUGGACGAUGACUGUGGUGAUCGCUCAGAUGAACCUGCUUCCUGUGCCUACCCCACAUGUUUCCCCCUCACCCAGUUUACCUGCAACAACGGACGCUGCAUCAACAUAAACUGGCGCUGUGAUAAUGAUAACGACUGCGGGGACAACAGUGAUGAGGCAGGCUGUAGUCACUCCUGCUCCAGCGCUCAGUUCAAGUGUAACAGCGGCCGCUGCAUCCCAGAUUACUGGACCUGUGACGGGGAUAAUGACUGUGGGGACUACAGUGACGAAACCCACGCAAACUGUACAAAUCAGGCCACACGUCCCCCCGGAGGUUGUCAUACAGAUGAGUUUCAGUGUCGAAUGGACGGCCUGUGCAUCCCAUUGCGUUGGCGCUGCGACGGGGACACUGACUGCAUGGACCUGAGCGAUGAGAAGAACUGUGAGGGCGUCACACACAUGUGCGACCCAGCUGUCAAGUUUGGCUGCAGGGACUCUGCACGCUGUAUCAGCAAAGCCUGGGUGUGCGAUGGAGACAGCGACUGUGAGGACAAUUCUGAUGAGGACAACUGUGAAGCACUGGUCUGUAAACUCUCUCACCAUGUGUGUGCCAACGACUCCACCAUCUGCCUGCCUGCAGAGAAACUUUGCGAUGGCACUGAUGACUGCCCAGAUGGCUCUGAUGAGAAACUCUGUGACCUCUGUUCACUGGACAAUGGCGACUGUAGCCAUAACUGCACAGUGGCCCCUGGCGAGGGGGUGAUCUGUUCUUGUCCACUGGGCAUGGAGCUAGGGUCCGACAACAAGACUUGUCAAAUCCAGAGCUUCUGCGCCAAACACCUUAAGUGCAGUCAACGCUGCGAACAGGACAAGUUCAGUGUGAAAUGUUCUUGUUACGAGGGCUGGGAACUGGAGCCUGACAUGGAGAACUGCAAAAGCACGGAUCCUUUCAAACCCUUUAUCAUUUUCUCAAACCGCCACGAGAUCCGCCGCAUUGAUCUGAAUAAAGGAGAGUUCAGUGUGUUGGUACCAGGCCUGAGGAACACCAUUGCCCUGGACUUCCAUCUCAGCCAAAGUGCCCUCUAUUGGACUGACGUGGUGGAAGACAAGAUCUAUCGUGGGAAGCUGUCUGAGAAUGGAGCUUUAACCAGCUUCGAUGUGGUGAUCCAGUAUGGCCUGGCUACCCCUGAGGGCUUGGCAGUGGACUGGAUAGCAGGAAACAUUUACUGGGUGGAAAGCAACCUGGAUCAGAUAGAGGUGGCUAAGUUGGAUGGCACCAUGAGGACCACGCUGCUGGCUGGAGAGGUGGAACACCCUCGAGCUAUAGCUCUGGAUCCCCGGGAUGGAAUCCUCUUCUGGACAGACUGGGAUGCCAGCUUGCCCAGGAUUGAAGCCGCAUCCAUGAGUGGAGAAGGCAGAAAGACCAUCCAUAAGGAAACUGGCAAUGGGGGCUGGCCAAACGGACUCACUGUGGAUUAUCUUGAGCGCCGCAUCCUCUGGAUUGAUGCCAGGUCUGAUGCCAUUUAUUCAGCCAAGUAUGAUGGUUCUGGGCUGAUCGAGGUCCUGAGGGGACAUGAGUAUCUGUCACAUCCCUUCGCCGUCACUAUGUAUGGCGGAGAGGUGUACUGGACGGACUGGAGGACCAACACGCUAGCCAAGGCAAACAAGUGGACAGGGAGCAACGUCACUGUCGUCCAGAGAACCAACACACAGCCUUUCGACCUCCAGGUGUACCAUCCAUCCCGACAGCCACAGGCUCCUAACCCAUGUGCGGCUAAAGAUGGCAAGGAUCCCUGCUCUCAUCUAUGUCUUAUUAACUACAAUCAGACAUUCUCGUGUGCCUGUCCUCACCUCAUGAAGCUGGGCCCUGACAAGCGCACUUGCUAUGAGUCUCGUCAGUUCCUGCUGUAUGCUCGCCAGAUUGAGAUCAGAGGGGUGGACAUCGAUAACCCAUACUACAACUACAUCAUCUCCUUCACUGUGCCUGACAUCGACAACGUGACCGUGGUGGACUACGACGCUCUGGAGCACCGUAUCUACUGGUCAGAUGUCCGCACCCAGACCAUCAAGAGAGCUUUCAUCAAUGGCACUGGAGUUGAGACUGUGGUCUCUGCUGAUCUGCCCAACGCUCACGGCCUGGCAGUGGACUGGGUGUCCAGAAACCUGUUCUGGACCAGUUAUGACGCCAAUAAAAAACAAAUUAAUGUUGCCAGACUUGAUGGCUCCUUCAAAAAUGCUGUCAUCCAGGGCCUGGACAAACCACACUGUCUGGUGCUGCAUCCAAUACUGGGGAAACUCUACUGGACAGAUGGGGACACCAUCAACAUGGCCAACACAGACGGCAGCAACCGCAGCGUCCUCUUCACCAACCAGAAAGGACCUGUUGGUCUCUCCAUUGACUUUGACACUGAGCAGCUGUACUGGAUCAGCUCUGGAAACAGCACCAUCAACCGCUGUAAACUGGACGGCUCUGGACUGGAAGUGCUUGAGGGAGCAAAGGGCAAGCUCACCAAGGCUACUGCCCUGGCCAUCAUGGGAGAGAAGUUAUGGUGGGCAGACCAAGGAACUGACCAGAUAGGGACCUGCGACAAGAAGGACGGUGGCAGCUGGAAAGUUCUGAGGAACAGCACGUCCCCCAUGAUGCACAUGAAAAUCUACAAUGAAACUGUGCAGAAAGGCACCAAUCUCUGCAGUAAUAACAAUGGAGACUGUUCCCAGCUGUGUCUCCCCACCUCCCCAACCACCAGAGCUUGCAUGUGCACUGCAGGAUACAGCCUGCGCACAGGGCAGCAGUCUUGUGAGGGUGUUGGCUCUUUCCUUCUGUACUCUGUGCAUGAAGGCAUACGUGGUAUUCCUUUGGACCCAUCAGAUAAGUCUGAUGCACUGGUACCAGUGUCAGGCACAUCCCUGGCUGUGGGCAUAGAUUUCCACGCCGACAAUGACACUAUCUACUGGGUGGACAUGGGCCUGAGCACCAUUAGCAGGGCCAAGAGAGACCAGACCUGGAGAGAGGACGUGGUCACUAAUGGCAUCGGCAGGGUGGAGGGCAUCGCUGUCGACUGGAUAGCAGGAAACAUCUACUGGACGGAUCAAGGCUUUGAUGUGAUAGAGGUGGCCAGACUAAACGGCUCCUUCCGCUAUGUGGUGAUCUCCCAGGGCCUGGACAAGCCUCGCGCCAUAACUGUCCAUCCUGAGAAAGGCUACCUGUUCUGGACAGAGUGGGGCCAGUAUCCGCGUAUUGAACGGUCUCGUCUGGAUGGCUCUCAGAGGGCUGUCCUGGUCAAUGUCAGUAUCAGCUGGCCCAACGGCAUCUCCAUUGACUACGAGGAGAGUAUGCUGUACUGGUGUGAUGCUAGGACGGACAAGAUUGAGCGUAUCAACCUGGAGACUGGAGAGAACAGGGAAGUGGUGCUGGCCAACAACAACAUGGACAUGUUCUCUGUGUCUGUGUUUGAGAGCUACAUCUAUUGGAGUGACAGGACACAUGCUAAUGGCUCCAUAAAGAGAGGUAGCAAGGACAACGCCACAGACUCUGUGUCUCUGAGGACUGGUAUUGGGGUGCAGCUCAAAGAUAUUAAGGUUUUCAACAGGGCCAGGCAGCAAGGAACAAACGUGUGCAAAGACAACAAUGGCGGGUGCCAGCAGCUGUGUCUUUUCCGUGGCAACGGACAGCGUACAUGUGCCUGUGCCCAUGGCAUGUUAGCUGAAGACGGCAGCAGCUGCCGAGACUAUGAUGGCUACCUGCUCUACUCAGAGCGCACUAUACUAAAGAGCGUCCACCUGUCAGAUGAAAACAACCUGAAUGCGCCCAUUAAACCAUUUGAGGACCCGGAGCACAUGAAGAACGUCAUUGCACUCACUUUUGAUUACAGAGGGGGUGGUGGAAAGGGAGCUAACCGUAUCUUCUUCAGUGACAUCCACUUUGGCAACAUCCAGCGGAUCAGUGACGACGGAUCUGACCGCAGGACUGUGGUAGAGAAUGUUGGCUCUGUGGAGGGCUUGGCCUACCACAGGGGUUGGGAUAUGCUGUACUGGACCAGCUACACUACCUCAACCAUCACCCGCCACACUGUGGAUCAGAGCCACUGGGGCGCCGUUGACAGGCACACCGUGGUCACCAUGUCGGGAGAUGACCACCCCAGAGCCUUUGUACUUGAUGAGUGUCAGAGCCUCAUGUUUUGGACCAACUGGAAUGAGCAGUCUCCCAGUAUCAUGCGUGCCACACUGUCUGGUGCCAAUGUCCUUGUGAUCAUUGGCAAUGACAUCCGAACCCCUAAUGGCCUGGCCAUAGACCACCGUGCUGAAAAACUUUAUUUCUCUGACGCCACGCUAGACAAGAUAGAACGCUGCGAGUAUGACGGCACCCGGCGCUACGUGGUACUGAAGAAUGAGCCGGUGCAUCCGUUUGGCCUCGCUGUGUAUGGGGACUACAUCUUCUGGACUGACUGGGUGAGGAGGGCAGUGCUUCGGGCUGACAAAUACACUGGAGGAGACAUGAAGGUGCUGCGUGCUGACAUACCUCAGCAGCCAAUGGGAAUCGUUGCUGUGGCCAACGACACCAAUAGCUGUGAAUUUUCUCUGUGCCGUGUUAACAAUGGAGGGUGUCAGGACCUGUGUUUGCUGACCUCUGAGGGAAGGGUCAACUGCAGUUGCCGUGGUGACAGGAAGCUUUUGGAGGACAACACAUGCAUAGCCCUCAACACUACAUGUAACAACAUUGAUGAGUUUGAGUGUGGAAAUGGAGACUGUGUUAACUACACCCUGACUUGUGAUGGCAUGGCCCACUGCAAGGACAAGUCUGAUGAGAAACAGUCCUAUUGUGCCAACCGUGUGUGUAAGAAGGGCUACAGACGGUGUGUGAAUGGUCGCUGUGUGGGGCAUAGCUUUUGGUGCAAUGGGCAGGAUAACUGUGGAGACAAUUCCGAUGAAGUCUUCUGUAACACCACACUCUGCUCAGCUGAUCAGUUCCAGUGCAGAGACGGAGGCUGCAUCUCUAACUCCAGCAAGUGUAACCAGAAAGUGGACUGCGAGGAUGCCAGUGAUGAGACAAACUGCACUGCCACGGACUGUUCCAGUUACUUCCAUCUGGGAGUGAAGGGAGUGACAUUUCAGAAGUGCGAGUUCACCACACUCUGCUUUGCCCCUUCGUGGCAGUGUGAUGGAGCUAAUGACUGUGGAGACUUCUCUGAUGAAAGAAAUUGCCCAGGGAGUGGGAAAACAAAGUGUCCUACACCCUUCUUUGCCUGUCCUAGCGGACGUUGUAUCCCCAUGAGCUGGACAUGUGAUAAGGAGAAUGACUGUGAGAACGGUGCAGACGAGGCUCACUGCGACAAAUUCUGCUCGGCCUCUCAGUUUGAGUGUGGGAACCACCGCUGCAUUCCCAACCGCUGGGUGUGUGACGGGGCCGACGACUGCGGUGACAGCAGUGAUGAAGACAGCAAGUGCAAGACCAAAACCUGCAGUCCUGAGGCGUUCCAGUGUCCUGGAUCACAUAUGUGUAUCCCUCAGGGUUGGAAGUGUGACGGAGACAAAGACUGUCCUGACGGGGCUGACGAGAGCGUCAAAGCUGGCUGUGUAUUCAACAACACGUGCAGCAGCAAUGAGUUCAUGUGCCAGAACCGACAGUGUAUCCCCAAGCACUUUGUGUGUGACCAUGACAACGACUGCAGUGACGGCUCAGACGAGUCCCAGGAGUGUGAAUAUCCGACAUGUGGAGCCAAUGAGUUCCGCUGUGCCAACGGACGCUGCCUCAUCCAGAGUUCGUGGGAGUGUGAUGGAGACUUUGACUGCCAUGACCACUCAGAUGAAGCCCCCAAGAACCCACACUGCACUGGGCAAGAGAAGAAAUGCAACGACACGGCUUAUGCCUGCAACAAUGGAAACUGUGUCAAUGAGACACUGCUCUGUGACCAUAAGGACGACUGCGGCGAUGGCUCAGAUGAGCUGAACUGCUUUAUCAACGAGUGCCUGAACAGCAAACUGAGUGGCUGCUCCCAGCUCUGUGAAGACCUUAAAAUAGGCUUCAAGUGCAGAUGCCACCCCGGCUUCCGUCUGAAAGACGAUGGGAAGACGUGUGUCGACAUAGAUGAGUGCACAACCACCUAUCCCUGCACGCAGCGCUGCAUCAACACACACGGCAGCUUCCACUGUUUGUGUGUGGAGGGUUUCCAGCUUAGCCCUGAAAACCCUACCAUAUGCAAAUCCACCUCAGAUGAGGAACCUUUCCUGAUCUUUGCCAACCGUUACUAUCUGAGGAAGCUGAAUUUAGAUGGCUCCAACUACACACUGCUCAAACAGGGCUUGAACAAUGCUGUGGCUCUGGACUUCGACUAUCGCCAGCAGAUGAUUUAUUGGACAGAUGUGACCACCCAAGGCAGCAUGAUCCGACGCAUGCACAUAAACGGCAGCGAUGUUCAGGUCCUUCAUCGCACAUCACUCAGCAACCCAGAUGGUCUGGCAGUCGACUGGGUAGGAGGAAACCUGUACUGGUGCGAUAAGGGACGGGACACUAUCGAGGUGUCAAAGCUGAAUGGAGCGUACCGAACAGUUCUGGUCAACAGCGGCCUGAGGGAGCCACGUGCUGUGGCUGUGGACGUACGUUAUGGGUACUUAUACUGGUCAGACUGGGGUGACAGUCCACACAUAGGUAGGGUCGGGAUGGAUGGCACCAACAGGAGUGUCAUUGUGGAGGAUAAGAUCACCUGGCCCAAUGGCCUGACGCUGGACUUUGUCAAUGACCGCAUUUACUGGGCUGAUGCUCGAGAGGACUACAUUGCAUUUGCCAGCCUGGAUGGAACCAACAGACACACAAUUCUGGUUCAGGAUAUCCCCCACAUCUUUGCUAUGACUCUGUUUGAGGAGUACAUCUACUGGACGGACUGGGAAACAAAGUCCAUCAACAGAGCUCAUAAAACACUGGGACUCAACAAGACCGUGCUGAUCAGCACCUUACACAGACCGAUGGACGUCCACAUUUACCACCCGUACCGACAACCUGAAGUGGCCGACCACCCGUGCCAAAUCAACAAUGGAGGCUGCAGUAACCUGUGUCUGCUCUCACCUGGAGGAGGCUACAAGUGUGCCUGCCCCACUAACUUCUAUCUAGCAGCUGAUGGCAGGCAGUGCUUGUCCAACUGCACUGCAAGUCAGUUCGUCUGCAAAAAUGACAAGUGCAUUCCAUUUUGGUGGAAGUGUGACACUGAAGAUGACUGUGGAGACCGCUCAGAUGAACCUGCAGAUUGCCCUGAGUUUAAGUGCAGACCAGGUCAGUUCCAAUGUGGUACAGGCAUCUGCACCAACCCGGCCUACAUCUGUGAUGGAGACAAUGACUGUCAAGACAACUCGGAUGAGGCCAACUGCGACAUCCAUGUGUGCCUGCCAAGUCAGUUUAAAUGUACCCACCCAAGUCGAUGCAUCCCUGGCAUCUUCCGUUGCAAUGGACAGGACAACUGUGGAGAGGGAGAGGAUGAGAAGGACUGUCCGGAAGUGACAUGUGCCCCCAACCAGUUCCAGUGUGCCAUCACCAAGCGCUGCAUCCCACGGGUGUGGGUGUGUGACAGGGACAAUGACUGUGUGGAUGGAUCUGAUGAGCCUGCCAACUGCACUCAAAUGACUUGUGGUGUGGAUGAGUUCCGCUGCAAGGACUCAGGGCGCUGCAUCCCAGCACGCUGGAAGUGUGAUGGAGAAGAUGACUGCGGAGACGCUUCAGAUGAACCCAAGGAAGAGUGUGACGAACGAACAUGUGAGCCGUACCAGUUCCGCUGUAAGAACAACCGCUGCGUGCCUGGACGCUGGCAGUGUGACUACGACAAUGACUGUGGGGACAACUCAGAUGAAGACAAGUGUGUGCCUCGUCAGUGUUCAGAGAGUGAGUUUGCCUGUACAAAUGGCCGUUGUAUCGCCGGGCGCUGGAAGUGUGAUGGAGACCACGACUGCGCUGAUGGUUCAGAUGAGAAUGGCUGUGAUGUGAAGUGUGACAGUGAUCAGUUCCAGUGCAAAAAUGGCCAUUGCAUCCCCAUCCGCUGGCGCUGUGAUGCUGAUGCUGACUGUGUGGAUGGCAGUGAUGAGGAGAAAUGCGACAGUGGUAUGGGUAGACACUGCCCCCUGGAUGAGUUCCAGUGCAACAACACUCUUUGUAAACCCCUGGGCUGGAAGUGUGAUGGCGAGGAUGACUGUGGCGACAACUCAGAUGAGAAUCCAGAAGAGUGCGUUAAAUUCCAGUGUCCACCCAUGAGGCAGUUUCGCUGUCAUAAUGAUCGCGUGUGUCUACCAUUGUCAAAACGCUGUGAUGGCGUCAACAACUGUGGGGACAACAGUGAUGAAGUCAACUGCCUGCCUCCUUCACCACCAAUAUGUCAAAAGGAUGAGUUCCAGUGCUCUAACGGCCGUUGCAUCAGCACUGUCCUCCGCUGCAACUACUACAACGACUGCGAGGACUACGGUUCUGAUGAAAUCCACUGCAAUAAGAAAGACACGGUGCUGAAUGACUGCCGCAGUAACAGGACAGUGUGUGGAGACGGAGAUGAAGCUCAUUGUGUGGUGAAUGGCACCGACUCUUUCUGCUCCUGCAAACCCGGCUUCCAAUCUAAUGGACGGAACAGAUGUGAAGAUAAGAACGAGUGUAAGCAGUUUGGAGUGUGUUCCCACAUCUGCAACAACACUAAGGGAUCCCACAAGUGCAGCUGCCACAAGUACUUCACCAGAAUCAAUGAGACCUGCAAGGCUGAUGCUCCGAGACAAGUGCUUUACAUCGCUGACGACAGUGAGAUCCGCAGCCUGGACCCUUCCAUGCCGAACUGGCGCUAUGAGCAGAUCUUCCAGGGUGACGCCAACGUGCGCAUUGAUGCCAUGGACCUUCAUGUGAAAACAAACCGCAUUUACUGGACAAACUGGCACACAGGACGCAUUUCUUCCUAUGAUUUGCCUUCUUCCUCCUCCUCCCCCAAUAGCAACCGUAACCGACGCCAGAGUGACUCAAGGGUUACAAACGUAGAGAUCCCUGAUCUGAAGAUGCCCCGUGGCAUUGCAGUGGACUGGGUGGCAGGGAACUUGUACUGGACUGACUCUGGAAGAGACGUCAUUGAGGUGGCCCAGAUAAGUGGAGGACGCCACCGCAAAACUCUCAUCUCCGGCAUGAUCGAUGAGCCUUACGCCAUUGUAGUCGACCCCCAGAGAGGGAAAAUGUACUGGGCAGACUGGGGGAACCACCCAAAGAUUGAAACCGCUGCUAUGGAUGGAACCAUGAGAGAGACGCUGGUGGAGGAAAACAUCCAGUGGCCAACUGGUCUAGCGGUGGACUACUUCAACGAGCGUCUGUACUGGGCCGAUGCUAAACUUUCCUUGAUCUGCAGUGUGAGACUGAAUGGCAGCGAUGCAGUUGUAGCUGUAAACAGCAUUAAGAACAAGCUUCACCACCCCUUCAGCAUCGAUGUAUUCGAGGACUACGUCUAUGGCGUCACCUACAUCAACAACUACGUCUUCCGAGUGAAUAAGUUCGGCAAAGGCCCCAUUGAGAACCUGACAACAGGAAUGAACCACGCCACAGAUAUCGUUUUGUACCACCGCUACAAGCAACCAGAGAUGACUAAUCCCUGCGACAGGAAGAAAUGUGAAUGGCUUUGUCUGCUGAGCCCCAGUGGACCAGUCUGCACCUGUCCCAAUGGACGCACGCUGGACAACGGCACAUGUGUGGAACUGCCGACUCCCACUCUGUCUCCUCUCUCUCCUCCCAGUGGCCCCUGCUUGGUCCAGUGUAUGAACGGUGGUAGCUGUUUCCUGAAUGCCCACAAGCAACCCAAGUGUCGCUGCCAGCCUAAUUAUGGAGGCGAUCGAUGUGAGAUUGACCAGUGCAGAGACUACUGCAAGAAUGGAGGCACAUGCACACCCUCCCCUACAGGCUCUCCUACCUGUCGAUGCCUGACGGGCUUUACAGGGCCAAACUGUAACCUGCACACCUGUAAGGAUUACUGCAAAAAUGGAGGCAACUGCACAGUCAGUGCCGGAAACCAGCCAACCUGCCACUGCCCCUCUGACUUCCUGGGCGACCAAUGCCAGUACAGAAGUUGCGAAGGCCACUGCCUGAACAAAGGCACAUGUCUACAGAGUGAAAAUGGCUCCAAACUGUGCCGCUGUUUGCCUCAGUAUAUUGGCAGCACAUGUGAGAUUGACAAGUGUCACUAUUGUCGUGACGGCGAGUGUAUCCCCAGCAACAGUUUUACAUCUACAGGGGACUUCACCUGCCGCUGCACAAAUGGAAGAAUCCAGCCCAGCUGUUACACAUGUGAUACAAAUGAGUACUGUGCAAAUGGCCAGUGCUCUAUAAACCCCAUCACCCGCCUUCCAGAGUGCAGAUGUUCACCUGGCUGGGAGGGGCAUCGCUGUGAGUCUGUGGCCACCAGUGGAGGUGCCUCAGGUUCAGGCGGGCGCACAGCCUCCAUAGUGAUCCCUGUGCUGCUACUGUUGCUGCUGGUUCUGCUGGCUGCAGGAGCGUUGUUCUGGUAUAGAAGAAGGAUGAGAGGGUCUAGCCGGCCCGCCAAAACCGGCUCAAGACGCUUGCGGGCCAAGGGCUUCCAGCACCAAAGGAUGACCAACGGGGCCAUGAAUGUUGAGAUUGGAAACCCUGCCUACAAGAUCUACGAGGGCGAGCCUGAUGACGACGCCGGGGAGCUGCUGGACGCAGACUUCACCCUGGACCCAGACAAGCCCACCAACUUCACAAACCCAGUAUAUGCCACUCUGUACAUGGGAGCUCAGAACAGUCGCAACUCUCUGGCCAGCACGGAUGAGAAGAAGGAGUUGCUAUCACGCGGAGACGAGGAGCCCCUUGUGGACCCCCUGGCAUAGACUUUCCAUUGGCCUGGAUCACGCUACUCCAAACACACCCCUCUUCUUGCCUUUAAAGAAAAAACUAAACAAAAAAAAUUCGAUAAAAAGUGUGAAAGAAAAUUGAUAAAAAGUGUGAACACUGUAUAAAAUGUACAAAAAUGAAGGACUACUUUUGUAUGUGAUUGCAGUAUUAUAUUUUGUUCUUUUGAGAUUCUUCUGGUCAAAAAUGAAUAACAUUUUCUAUGAGAGAUUUUUAAUUUACACUUUGUCCCUUACCCUUUACCUAAAUAGCCACUACCUCUGUGCAAAAUGAAAUGGAAACAAGAAAAUCAGAAGAAAAGAUGCUAUCAUUGGAGCAAUUUUAAUUUUUUAUUUUUGUAUGAAUUGUAUAGAAAAGAAAAAACAUUGUUCCAUUUCACCAGUGCCAACUGUUUGUUGUUUGUGUUGACUUUGAGCGGGAAAGGCAAAACUCAAAGUUUUCUAAAUCGGUACAUAUGUUGUCUCGCUGGAUUUCUUAGCGAGAUUGUGUGAGACAGAUUUGUGAUAGCACCGUUUGUGUAUAGCACAUGUAAAAUGUCAAUACCAGAUGGCAACUACAGUAUUUCCACAUAUUUUUUUCUCAGAGAACAAUGUUCAUGAAAUGAUUGUGUUGUCUUCCUUGCACAGAAUUAAUAUUUUACGGUAUAGUGUAUACUGUAGGCUUUAUACCGUAAGAUGUAAAGCAGGUAUGUUAGUUUUUAUCACAUUGUAUGACAGUUGGAGCUCAUGUGUUGCUGAAGUGAGAGGAUGAGAGUUGUUUCGGUGUGUGAUUAUGGAGCUGGAAAGUAAGGAAGUUGGUCACGGGUUAAACAUUCCAGGCGGAGUGGUGGGUGGAGAUUGCAGGUGUAAAGAGAUGAUGAGGGUGAAUGCCUUCAUCAGGGGGGCUAUUGGCGUACAUGUGCGUAUAUGCCACAACUGGCUAAUGAGGAGACGGCCAUAGCAGGUACAACUUUGAUAGAUGGUGUCAUGCCUUUACCAUUUAGUUGUCUGUUACAAGGGUCUUCCUCCAGAAGGAAAGGGAGGCUGCAAUUGUGGUAAAACGGAAGGAAAAAAGAUGAUUGAGAUGGGUCUUUUGCUUGUCUUUUAUUUCUCCAGCCCAUUGUUUUUUGUUUUUUUUGUAAAGACCAGAUUAACACCUAUCUGGAUUUGUGAGUAGAUUUAUCUUUCUACCUUUAGAGGAUCAAAGUCUGUACGUUCACAGUUUUGUAAUGACUCAGUCUUAAGUGCUUUAUGUUCAUUUGGUCCUUUCUCUGGUCUUCUUGAGCUCUUUCUAAUCUCUCACUCUCCUCUGUGCCCUGCUGCUGCUAAUGCUACCAUUCUGGUCGCUCUGACACGUCCUUACGCUCAGCCUCUGUCCCAAAAUGCUGCUUCUGUCAGAAAUGUGUCAGCCAUAUCUUAAUGCAUGUGAAAAGUAACACCAAUCUUUAAUGUAACUACAAUAACAAGUCUUUAUUUUGCUUACCUGUCAGCAAGUGUUAUUUUAUGCUGUUGUAUAUGUUUUGUCGUUAAUUGAGAGAGAAGUACAAUCAUUUUACCUAAAGAACAUUUUUGCAAAAAUCAUACAUGCAUUUUCAGAAUUGUUUUUUGAUUAGUCCUUGUUUUUUUUAAUGAAAAAUGACACAUAGCUUUUAUAGUACACAAUGCAUGGAGGCUCAGACUUUCUUCUGGAAAGAGAAUAAUGUUUAAUUUUUGCUGGAGUACUUUACAAACUAAAUAACAGAUAUUGUUAUAAAUAAAAUUUUAAAAAUUGUACAGAAAAUAA